AUGAAACAAUAUGUGAAACAUUUGAAAAAUCUAUUGAAUGGCAGACAAACUGUUGAUAAACACAUCAAUGAUUACGUGAAUAGUAUUCAACACUUACUGACAGUCGAUAGCAAUGCUAUUCUAAACACUAAACAAGAGCUCAAUAAUAGACAGUGUUAUCGAAAACUUGUCGACACUUUCAACGAAAAUUGCUUUGAUUUGACACAAGACACUUAUGUUUUACGCAAAUUACAAGUAUUUGUGAAUAUUUGUGAAACAAUGCGUGAAUCGAGUGAUGCGGACAUCGCUGUCAACCAAUUGAGACAACACUGCAUUGCAGUACUUUUGUCGGUUCUGUAUAUUGCGGUCUGCAAUGGACUGCCAACGGCUAAUGCCGGGCAGAAAUGGGUCGUAUUGUGUGCCGGGAGUAACGGGUGGGACAACUACGCCGAUCAAGCUUUAGUAUACCGGGGAUACCAUCUGUUCAGGUCUUAUGGUAUACCUGAGAGCAAUAUAAUUAUUAUGCAUUACGACGAUAUCGCACACAACAAGGCUAACCCUAACCCAGGGGUUGUGAUCAACAAGAAAGGUGGUCCAAAUUUGUACCAUGAUAUUCCCAAAGACUAUGUCGGAACCGAUGUUAACCCUACGAACUUUUUGAAAGUAAUUAGUGGUGACCAAGAAUUAGCCGCUAAGGGCAAGAAAGUGGUCAACAGUGGGCCAAACGACCACGUGUUUCUGUAUUUUGGCGAUCAUGGUGCACCAGGUUUGGUUGCUUUUAACCAUGGCAAAGUUUUAUACUCUGAUGAUUUAAUAAACAAAAUUAAGAGCAUGCAUAAACAGAAUAAAUACGCCAAGCUCGGUUUCUAUAUUGAUACUUGCGAAUCAGGCUCAAUGUUUGACAAAAUACUACCAAAUAACAUUAACGCAUAUGCUGUCAGUUCAUCUCGGCCAGAUGAAGAUAGUAACUUUUUACAUUACGAUGAUGAAUUGGACACAUAUAUAAGCUCAUAUUUUGCCGAUUAUUGGCUGACUAAUGACGAGAAUAAUGAUCUGGAAAAAGAAACACUUGAUCAACAGUACGAGGAUCUGGUCGCUAAAACCAAGAGUGUUCAGCACGCACAGCAUUAUGGUGAUUUGACCAUUGGCAAAUUGCACGUAGCUGACUUUUUAGGCCAUAAGUCAAGCAGUUUGUUAAGUGACCGUGUUAAUACACAUGUACAAAAUAACGAGACAGUCAGUAAAUGGGAUGUGGCUAUGAAUUUAGUACAAAAGCGAAUUAAUGCUGCCACGAAGACUAAUGACAAAUUAAGACAUGUGGAAGACUUGGAAAAUCUAUUGAAUGGCAGACAAUAUGUUGAUAAACACAUCAAUGAUUACGUGAAUAGUAUUCAACACUUACUGACAGUCGAUAGCAAUGCUAUUCUAAACACUAAACAAGAGCUCAAUAAUAGACAGUGUUAUCGAAAAUUGGUCGACACUUUCAAUGAAAAUUGCUUUGAUUUGACACAAGAUACUUAUGUUAAGUUAGUUGCAUUACUAUUAUCCGUCUUAUAUGUCGCUGUUUGUAAUGGACUGCCGGCGGCUAACGCUGGCCAGAAAUGGGUCGUAUUGUGCGCCGGGAGUAACGGGUGGGGCAACUAUGCCGAUCAGGCUUUAGUAUACAGGGGUUACCAUCUCUUCCGAUCAUACGGUAUACCGGAGAGUAAUAUAAUUAUUAUGCAUUAUGACGAUAUUGCACACAACAAGGCUAACCCUAACCCAGGGGUUGUGAUCAACCAAAUUGGGGGUAAAAAUUUGUAUCAUGAUAUCCCUAAAGAUUAUGUCGGAUCCGAUGUUAAUCCUACGAACUUUUUGAAAGUAAUUAGUGGUGACCAAGAAUUAGCUGCAAAGGGCAAGAAAGUGGUUAAUAGUGGACCAAACGAUCACGUGUUUCUGUAUUUUGGCGAUCAUGGUGCACCAGGCCUGGUUGCGUUCAACGGUGGUAAAGUGCUACAUGCUACCGAUUUAAUUAAAACAUUAAAGAACAUGCACGAACAGAAAAAAUACGCCAAGCUCGUUUUUCACAUUGAUACCUGCGAAUCUGGUUCAAUGUUUAAUAAUAUAUUACCCAAAGACAUCAACGCAUAUGCGGUCACUUCAUCAAAACCUGAUCAAGAUAGUUACUUUUUGACUUAUGAUAAAGAAUUGGGCACAUAUAUUAGCUCACUAUUUGCCGACACAUGGCUUUCAAACGAUGAAACAUCAAAUCUUGAAACGGAAACAUUUGAUCAACAAUACGAGAUUUUAGUCGAAAAAACAAAGAAUUCGCAAAAUGCACAACAUUAUGGUGAUCUUAGUCUGGGUAAAUUGCAUGUGGAUGAAUUUUUAGGCCAUAAAUCAAGCGGUGUGUUGAAUGACCGUGUUAAUACACAUGUGCAGAACAAUGAAACUGUAAGCAAAUGGGAUGUGGAGUUGAGUUUAGUACAAAAGCGUAUUAAUUCUGCUAAAGGGACCAACGAGAAAUUAGGACAUGUGGAAGACUUGAAAAAUCUAUUAAAUGGAAGACAAUAUGUGGACAAACAUAUGUCUGAUUACGUGAAUAGUAUUCAACACUUACUGACAGUCGAUAGCAAUGCUAUUCUAAACACUAAACAAGAGCUCAAUAAUAGACAGUGUUAUCGAAAAUUUGUCGACACAUUCAGCGAAAAUUGUUUUGAUUUGACACAAGAUACAUAUGUUUUGCGCAAAUUACAAGUGUUUGUGAAUAUUUGUGAAACAAUGCGUGAAUCGAGUGAUGCGGACAUCGCUGUCAACCAAUUGAUACAACACUGCAGUCUAAAUACUAACAAACAAUUUGGAUAUAUUUUAUAAAUUAUAUAAAAUAUAACUAAACUAAAAUUAAUAA